UUGCAGCAGUAUCAACAUCCUUUGAUAGAGGCUAGCUAGUUAGAUAGCUGUAGAGCUAUCGACAAUGAAAUGAGCAAAGGGAAGGCAAAACUACCCAAUUAAAUCAUAGAUAGCUAGCUACCUGAAGACAUUUCUGAACACGGCUAUUUGGAAACGGUGGACUAGGAUGCAUGUCUGUCACCGAUUUACUCAAAGGCAUUAUUGAGGUGAUGCAGCAGAGGCGAAACAUCGUAACGGACCGCAUCAGGAGGAUAGCUAGCUAGCUAGAUGCCUUUACAGAAAAAGGCGCAGUCUUUAGCAGGCCAGCUCUUUUCCUAACCUCAACAUAUCCGAGAAACGUAGCUAGCUAAUAUUACAAUAAAAUAUUGCGGGUGCACAUCUAUGUGUUUAAUCAGCUAGCUAAGUUAAUGUUAUUGCGUUUCUCCUUUAGUAAUUUUAUUAGCUAGAUGGCUAGCCAAGCCUGUCAAUUCAGCGGAUGAACUUGGUAUUCUGUGGAGACUCCGCGCGACAUCAGACGCAGGCCCGGCUCAUAGCGUUCGGAUCACAACCAAAUAACAUGGAUCAGAAUGACAGAAUUUGCACGAAUAACAACCAUCAAUUCGCUGGUGACCAGUCACUUCACUGAGGGACUCCAAUACUUGAUUUCUGGACACGUACUCACCGCCGGAAUGAGAUAAUACAGCAGCAGAUAAUACAGCCGUGACAUAUGUCCACCCUGAGUUAAUUUCCACAGUCCAACAUGACCACGCCGGCUCUACUGCCACUGUCGGGCCGCAGGAUACCCACCCUGUCACCCGGCGCCGCUUCUUUCCCACACCACAGGGCCACUCUGAGGCUCUCAGAGAAGUUUAUCCUCCUCCUCAUCCUCAGUGCCUUCAUCACUUUAUGCUUUGGAGCUUUCUUCUUCCUCCCAGACAACUCAAAACACAAGCGCUUUGACCUGGGCUUGGAAGAUGUGCUGAUUCCCCACAUCGAGGCGCCCAAGGAGGCUAAGCAUCCUGGUGGACAAGUGGUCAUACAUGGACAGGGGGGCCACGAUGAACACAGACACAGGGAGGAGGAGGAGAGCCUGCGGGAUAAGAUCCGUGCGGACCACGAGCGUGCGCUGCAGGAGGCCAAGGAGAAGCUGAGGAAGUCCCGGGACGAGCUGCGGGCUGAGAUCCAGACGGAAAAGAGCAAGGUGGUGGAGGACCUGAAGAAGAAGAAGGAGGUGCCCAAGCCCCUACCCCCUGUCCCCAUGCCCAAGGUGGUGGGGGUCAAUGAUGGAGACUCCGGGGAUCCCGACGUCAAGGAAAAACGAGACAAGAUCAGAGAGAUGAUGAAGCAUGCGUGGGACAGCUACAGACAGUACGGAUGGGGUCACAAUGAGUUGAAACCUCUCGCCAAGAAAGGACAUUCCACCAAUAUCUUCGGUAAUUCCCAGAUGGGGGCGACCAUAGUGGACGCCUUAGACAGCCUGUACAUGAUGGGCCUCCACGACGAGUUCAAGGAUGGACAGGAGUGGAUCGAGCAGAACCUGGACUUCAGUGUGAAUGCUGAGGUGUCUGUCUUCGAGGUCAACAUCCGCUUCAUCGGAGGACUGCUGGCCGCCUAUUACCUCUCUGGACAGGAGGUGUUUAAGGUGAAGGCGGUACAGUUGGCUGAGAAGCUGCUCCCUGCCUUCAACACUCCCACAGGCAUCCCCUGGGCCAUGGUCAACCUCAAGAGUGGUGUGGGGCGUAACUGGGGCUGGGCGUCAGCAGGCAGUAGUAUCCUGGCAGAGUUUGGAACCCUCCACAUGGAGUUUGUCCACCUCACUUACCUCACUGGGAACCCUGCCUACUACCAGAAGGUGAUGCACAUACGGAAGCUGCUGGCCAAAAUGGACCGACCCAACGGGCUCUACCCCAACUAUCUGAACCCUCGUACUGGUCGCUGGGGCCAACACCAUACAUCAGUAGGAGGUCUGGGGGACAGUUUCUAUGAAUACCUGCUGAAGGCCUGGCUCAUGUCAGACAAGACGGACACAGAGGCCCGCAAGACCUACGACGACGCCAUUGAGGCCAUCGAGCGCCACCUGAUCCGUAAGUCCAACGGCGGCCUGACGUUUAUCGGGGAGUGGAAGAACGGCCACCUGGAGAGGAAGAUGGGUCACCUGACCUGCUUCGCCGGGGGGAUGUUUGCUCUGGGGGCCGACGGCUCGCCUGACGACAAGGCCGGACACUACCUACAGCUGGGGGCUGAGAUCGCACACACCUGCCAUGAGUCCUACGACCGCACCGUGUUGAAGCUGGGUCCAGAGGCCUUUAAGUUUGACAGUGGCCUGGAGGCGGUGGCGGUGCGUCAGAAUGAGAAGUACUACAUCCUGAGGCCAGAGGUCAUCGAGACCUACUGGUACAUGUGGAGGUUCACCCACGACCCCAAAUACAGGCAGUGGGGCUGGGAGGCAGCACAGGCUAUAGAUAAGUACUGCAGGGUCAGUGGGGGGUUCUCCGGGGUCAAGGACGUCUACUCGUCCAACCCAACCUACGACGACGUCCAGCAGAGCUUCUUCCUGGCCGAGACGCUCAAGUAUCUGUACCUGUUGUUCUCCAGUGAUGACCUGAUGCCUUUGGAGAGCUGGGUGUUCAACACGGAGGCCCACCCCCUGCCGGUACUGCACCUGGCCAACCUCACCCUCCCAGGGAGCCAGGCCCAGCGGUAGAGACCAUGGGUCCUCCAGGGGACCAUAGCAGCCCUGCCUGCCUGCCUGCAUCUCUCCCUCUCAAUACUACAGACUGCAGAAGGAGAGAGCUCAGAACAUUGUAGAGUGGAGGGGACUGGAACAAUAGCCUCUCUCUCGCUCGCUCCCUUUCUUAUUCUUGAAUUCUCUCGCUUUCUAUAGCUCUCUCUGCUGAUCAGAAGGACGGAGGGUGCGUUUAGCUUUUGUGAUUGGCUAGGAAGCUCUCGUAAUGUGACAUUUUUUUGUCAGGAGGCUUGAUUUGUUUUGACCAAAAUGUCUCAUAACGGACGCACACAGGAGCGAGAGCAUGUGUAUGGAGUCUGAACAAACAAACAGACGGACAGACUCUUCUCUGAAGGGAUAUGUAUAUUCCAGACAGUCAGACUGACAGUAAAACUGAAGACUAUGCGAUCAGUGGGGUUUGUUGAUUAGUUUUUUCAUUCUAUCUUUUGGACGCUGAUUGGCGGGGACACAACAGUGUUACCCUCCUGGUCCAUCUGUCAUUUUCUGUUUACUGUCUUGACCUGGAACUGUAUCAGUGUCGCUUUGUGGACGGGGGCAACGGCCUAAUGCGUCCUCCUCUGGCACCUUUCAAAAGUGGGUCGGUGAAAUGGAACUGAUAUCCCUUGCAUUCUCUAUGCUACAUUCUGCCAUUUCUGUUCUCUCUCUCUCUCUCUCUCUCUCGCUCUCUCUGUCCCUCCAUCUCUCAUCAUUAGCAGGUGACAUACAGUAGCUUAGCCUGGCCUCAAAUGAUUUUGUUGCUGCUAUUCAACCGAUGCUGCUUCUCUCUCCUCUCAACCUUGUCUUAUCACUCCAUUCCACCUCCAUCUUCUCUUUCUUGUCAUAUCUCUUCACUUCUCCAAUCACUCCUCUCGCCUGGUUGAUUUCUGUUCCUGUCUUUCCAUAAAUCACUAACACUCCACAGGCAGAUUGGGACAGGGCUUGUUUUGGCCGUGAUUCUUGUAUGCUGAUAAAAUGGCCCCCGUGGAUAAAUUGUUAUGCACUUUGUUGUUUGGAUUACUGAAAGGGAAAAGGGAGUGGAGUUACAGCACUGUAGGAGCUGAAGACACAAAGCCCUCCAUUUAUUAUCUCUGUGUCUUUGACUCCUUUUAAAUUGACUGACAUGGAGCCAUAUUGUUGCUCUACCACUACCACUGAUGGGUAUGGCCUGGCGUUUUUCCUGUUCAGGAACAACUCCCCACCCUACUGAUGGGGUUCUACCUAAACUGUUUCUUGUUCUCAUUCCAAUCACCACUCGCAAAUUAGGACUUGGGCUCUGUUGAAUGUUAUGCCAUUCAUUCUCUAUGGGCUGUGUUCUUAAUGGACCUUUUGUGUUUCAUAUGAAUGUUGUUUCUGCAACAGUAGAUGGAAUACAAGGAACUCUGCUGUGUUCAGUGAGGAAUAUGUGAUUGGUGCAUUGGAGAGGUUGGGGAGGUGGAUACUUUAGGUUUAGGGGACUGAAGGUAACACUGGGAAAUAGAAAUGUACCCUGGAAGAAAUAACAUUUUUGUUGGACGUAUCAAUUAAUUUAAAGCCUUAUCAAGUGUUGCUAUGUGAUGCCUUUGGCCAAUACUGUGUUUUUUUUUUUUUCAAUUUUCAUUUUACAAAAUGUUAUUCAUACACAAGCUCAUACACCACUUACUUGUCUAAGAGCAACCCAGCUGUCCCUCUAGCAGACCCAUGAUGAUGAAGGAAUAGUGAUGAUGAUGAUAAUGUUGGGGUUGGGCUGAUUACAGAACCACUCACCUUGCCAAUCGAUAAAGCCAUACUAUAUUUGUGUUGCUGCUUAGCUAAUUGGUUGGUUUCUGUCACUCAUUUCUCAUGUCUUAAAUGAGUACUACCUGGCUGCACCUGUACAACACCUGUCCCACCGUCUCACUCUAUUUCUUUUUCCUCAGCUUCUUUUUUUCUCUGUCACACCCUUUCUACUCCUUCAUAUCCCUCCAGUUUCUAUUCCUCUCUUUCUCCCCUGCUAUCGCUCCCUCUGUCCCCAUCUGUCGGCAGCUCAGUGUCUCCCUUCUCCUCGUGGUGGUGGCAGUAGCAGCAAUCUACUGGUGUAGAAUGUUAUGAAGUAUGUUUAUCACCUCCAUCUCAAUCUCUGACAUCCUCAAUCUGACAUCACUGCUUCCUGUCUGGGGAGAAACCCCAGGCGUUCUUUGCCACUGUCAGGCGCCGGGAGGAUGUUGAUUUUGAAAAAAGUGUUCCGUAUUUGUAUUUUUACUGAACAAAAAUAUACCUGUAAAUAUGUUUAAAAUGAGACAAUAAAGAUGUUAUGAAAAGUGAACA